AUCUUUAGUCUUUACUUACACUAGAAUCCAAUUCCAAAUUCCAUUCCUUUUUCUUUCCCAAUCCCGUUCAAUGUGAACCCCCGCCCCGCCCCGCCCCGCCCACAAUCAUGAAAUUCCCGUUUCGCGCCUAAAGAAACGCAAACCGUCAUCUGAGAAAUGUCUUCAUCACCCUCCACAAAUACCCAACAAAUGUCUCGUUGUCUUAAACUCAAAACCCUCCUUAAGAAUUCCCUCAACUUUCUCCCUCCUCUCUCUGCUUCCCUCGCCGCAGCCGUAACUACCGCCGCGUCUAGCCCCAGCUCUCCGUCCAUGGAAGAUCUUAAGCAAGCCAUUAAAACUAGACUCUGCAUAAUUGGAAGUGGACCGGCAGCUCAUACUGCUGCAAUCUACGCGUCACGGGCUGAACUCAAGCCCAUUCUCUUUGAAGGAUGGAUGGCUAAUGGAAUCGCACCGGGUGGCCAGCUUACAACCACAACUGAUGUUGAGAACUUUCCGGGUUUUCCUGAAGGAAUUUCGGGUCUUGACUUGACGGACAAGUUUCGUCAACAAGCGGUGCGUUUCGGUACGGAAAUAUUGACCGAAACGGUUGAUUCUGUGGACUUCUCAACGGCGCCGUUUAAGAUAUUCUCGUCGGAGUCAAAAACUGUACUCGCUGAUUCGGUGAUAAUUGCAACGGGUGCUGUUGCGAAGAGGUUGGAUUUUCCGGGUGCUGGUGAAGAUUCUAAAGGGUUUUGGAACAAAGGUAUAUCGGCUUGCGCUGUUUGUGAUGGAGCCGCGCCGAUUUUUAGGAAUAAGCCUUUGGCUGUGAUUGGUGGAGGUGAUUCAGCUAUGGAAGAAGCGAAUUUUUUAACGAAGUUCGGGUCGAAGGUUUAUAUAAUUCAUAGAAGAACGGAAUUUAGGGCAUCGAAGAUUAUGCAAAAGAGGGCAUUAGAGAAUCCAAAGAUUGAGGUUUUGUGGAAUUCUGUUGUGGAAGAAGCAUUUGGUGAUGAGGAGAAGGAGAAUAGGGUUUUGGGAGGGCUGAAGGUGAAGGAUGUUGUGAGCGGGGAGGUUAGGGAUUUGAAGGUUAAUGGGUUGUUUUUUGCUAUCGGGCAUGAGCCGGCUACAAAGUUUUUGGGGGGACAGUUGGAGUUAGAUGGUGAUGGGUAUGUGGUUACUAAGCCGGGGACGACGGAGACUAGUGUGAAGGGAGUUUUUGCUGCUGGGGAUGUUCAGGAUAAGAAGUAUCGACAGGCUGUUACGGCGGCUGGGACUGGUUGCAUGGCUGCCCUGGAAGCUGAACACUAUUUGCAAGAAAUUGGUAGUCAACAAGGUAAAACUGAUUGACUAUUGUCCAACUCCAGUAUCCACAAAUUUCCCAGUGAAAUUGUUUCUAAAAUAUAGAUGCUGCUGUUACCUGUUACACUCCUUAUUCUUCAUCAUUUCUUUACUUCAUUUUGGCUCUCUGCGAUUUGGAGACUCCUUAAUUCACUAUUGUUUUUAUCAUUUGUUCGCUUCAGUUAUACUCCGUGAUUUAAGUUUUGAUUAACGUUUUGACAUUGUUGUUUUUAAGUUGGUGAAGAAUAAUAUAAUUCUUGUUUGCUGACAACUAAAACACGGACCAUUCUCGAUUUUACAUUGUUGAGAUGUAACUGCACAUCUCUUUUUGUCUACUGAAAUGAUUUGUUUUUCUCAAGAACAUUUAAUACAAAUCUUAUGUCCGACUUAUCGAUUUUGAGUCAGGUGUUUGUCUGUUCAAAAUCGGGUUUUGUGUUCACAUUGGUUGUAUAUGAUUUUAAAUUCAUUUUAAAAUUGGGUCAAAGACGGGGUUAGAUAUUAGCUUGUUGGGUCUGUUUGAACACUUUUAGUCUGACUUGAUCAAUUGUUUGCCUAUUAUACAUGCUCAAGCUAUUAAAAUGCAUUGGGUAGAUUAUUUCCAUAAUAAUUUUAUUUUUUAUUAAACUAAUCUGUUAAUUAUUAAUUUUUCGAACAGGUACACGGAAAAAACUUAAGGAUCUCUUUUCACAAGAAUAAUCCCUAAAUCUAAAACCAAAAAUUGUAAAUAUAACAUAAAAAGUGUAAAUAAUCUCUUAAUUUAAGAAAGAAGAUAACAUCAGAAGGAAGGAGCACGCUAGCUUUAUUUAGUCAUUAUUCAAGCAAGAUUUGCAAUUUUAAUACAAAAAAUGUAUUAAGUUAUUAUCAUAAAAUAAGUUUAAUCACAAAUGAAGCACAAUUGCUUAGACAA